CGCGACACUGAAGCAAUUCACGGCAGGCUCUGACACGGUUGCCAAAUUUUCAAAAUAAAAGUCAGUGACUGCAAGACAGUGUUGUAAAAACCCUUAAUCGCCAGAAUCGAAUGCUAUGACAUGCAUUGAUUUAUUUAAUAAUAAUAAUUUAAAAAAUGCGUGCAUUUAUUUUCUGCAUUAUAAGCCCCCCCGCAAUAUAUCCCAGAGAUUUCGAACUGUCACCCGCAUUGGCGGUAUCCUAGCAACAGAGAACAGUCAACAAUAUUUUCUGCUUGCGGCCAAAGGACAGGUAUGUAGCCUAGCCUCUAACACCAGGAUUUGCUUGCAAAGUGUGACUCAGAUUUAAGGUGAGCGCCGUUUCCACAAGUUUCCACUUUCAGAACAAGAAUCUGAAAACAGCCUUUUAGUGUAAAACUCUGAUCAUACAUCAUUUUGAAAAGUUAAGGCACAGGUAAAAAGGGUAGGGGAGCACCUGCCUGGACAAAAGCAUUUCUAUGGGAGUACAGAAAACAAAGUAGCUAUACAAAUAACCAUAGUGUCCAGUAUGUCUGCAAAGGGGGCAACAGUACUGUCAAAGACAAAGUCAAAGGCCCAAUCGAAGGACCCUCUGAAGAACCAUGACCCUUCACAGAAACACCUGCUCACUGUUGAGGCUCAGCGCAUCUCAAGCAUAUUGGAAAACUGCAUCAGUCAAAUCGUGAUUGCAGGAACUCUGCCCGCGAUCCUCCGCUUAAACAGUGUGUCUAAUGUUGUGAACGAGGAGUUGAGUAGGGCACUUAAAAAGCAUCAACUAUUAGUUGAAAGACUGGAGACACUAGAAGUUCUCAAGCAAGAGUCAGAAAGAGAAGAUGGAGAAGCAAGGAAGAGAGCAAGGGCUCAGAUUGAGAAGGACAUCAAGAAGUCUGUCAGGGAUCUGUUCAGACUUUUCCGAGCCCAUCCAGAUGUCGUUUCCAGUUUGAGGGCAGAGCUAGGUGAGGAAGUAGGGGAGAGUGAGUUCAAACUAAUUAGAGGGCUUAAGAUGUUUCACAGCCAUAUGGUAGAAAAGUUGCUGACCAGUGUGGAUGAGGAGCUACAGAUGGCCCCCUGCAAGUCAGCAUUUUCAUUCGCUGCCCAGGAUCUGGAGCACAUGCUUCUACAGAAAGAAGCUGCAGCCAAGAAGGAAAUAGAUUCAGUAGAUUCACAGAUUUCUCAGAAAAAAAAUAAGAUAAAAAAUUUGCAGAAUUCUCUGCAAGGGAGCAACAUCACACAAGAAUCAGGUAUGCCCCAACUCGCAGUCAAACAGUGCCAGCCACAUUUCCACGUUUCAAAGAAGCAGAUCAGUAUGCAACAGGAAAUUGAUCAACUCAACAUUCAGCUCAACAAUUUGAUCCUCGAGAACAGACAGGCAGAGAGAGUACUCCAAGAGAAAAACGAAAAACUGGAGACAGAAAUUGAAUACUUGCUUGGAAAUUUUGACAAAGAAAUUGAGGAAAAACAGGCGGACCUGGAGCUGAAUGAAAUAGAUCACGAAAGGGAGGAGGAGGAGCUGAGGAAGAUGGAGAAACCCUUCACUGUUCUAGAGAUGGAGUACAGCCAGAUCCAGGAGAGGCGUCGGCUGGCAGAGGAGAAGAGGGAGAGGGAGAUGAGGGAGCUGGAGUUGAAGACCAAAGCGGCUAUUUUUGCCCAAGCCUGGUGGAGAGGCUACAGUACUCGCAAGGCCUUAAAGAACAAAGGCAAAAGCAAGAAGGCUAAAAAAGAUAAAGGCAAGAGGAAAUAAACCAUGGACUAGUUUUAUCACACUAGUGCUACAUUGGCACACCUGUAGAACAUGAAUGUGGUCAAAUAUUUUUUUUUAAAAGCCUUUUGAAAGAAAAUCAUCAUACCCCAGAUUAAGUGCACUUGUUGUUUACGUCUGGUUUUUCAAUAAAGUCUGUUUU